AUUAUGACUCCCAGGAAUUAGGCAUACCCAGCUUAUUUUUCUGAUAUUUCCGGCUGGUAAAUUUUUACCUUUCCUCUAUUUGGUCGUUGUUUGAUAAAGUAAAUUUAUCUACCAUGCAAGACGCCAUUAAUUUAGUGAAAGGAAAAUUUUUGGGGAUAGCUGAGUCAUUUACGCCCAUCUUAAAGGAAUCGAAGUUCAAGGAGACAGGUGUUUUGACACCAGAAGAAUUUGUAGCAGCCGGCGAUCAUCUUGUGCAUCAUUGCCCAACAUGGAGUUGGAAGUCUGGAGAAAUAUCAAAGCGCAAACCUUACCUACCUGAUGAUAAACAGUUUCUUUUUACAAAAAAUGUACCUUGUCAUAAGAGGGUAAAACAAAUUGAAAACCAUCAAUCGGAGAAUGAAAGAAUCAUCGAAGAAGACGACGAGGAUGGCGGUUGGGUUGAUACUCAUCAUCUAUCUGACUCUAGUGACAUUGCUGGAGCAACGACUGCAAUUGCAGAAAUGGGAGUAAAUGAUAAGGAAAGAAUUGAUCAAAUUGCCAAUUAUGACGACGAUGACGACGAUGAUGAUGAAGGAUCGGCCGUUGAUAUGGAAGAAUUUGAAAAAUCCGGAAAGCUGGAUGAAGAAGAGGAUAAUACUAUAUUUCAGUCAAAACCUAAAGAAGAACCGAGCCAAUCGACAAGUGGAAUUCUGCAGACCAGAACUUACGACUUGUAUAUCACAUACGACAAAUACUACCAAACUCCUCGUCUUUGGCUUUCAGGAUAUGACGAACAAAAGAAACCGCUAAGCGAUAAACAAAUGUACGAGGAUUUUAGUCAAGAUCACGCUAAGAAAACCGUUACUUUGGAAACUCAUCCUCACUUGAACGGCGCUUCUAUGGCUAGUGUUCACCCAUGCAGACAUGCUGAGGUGAUGAAAAGAUUAAUUGAAAACUGUGCUGAAGGAGGAACUGAAUUGGGUGUUCAUAUGUAUUUGAUGAUAUUUUUAAAAUUCGUUCAAGCUAUUAUACCAACAAUCGAAUAUGAUUAUACAAGGCAAAUAUUCAAUAUCGGAACUUGA